AUGAAGUCACAAAUUAAGGUUGUAUGCGACCACAAGAGCAUAAACAGGUAUCACGAUGUGUUGCAUACAAAUCACAUUGUUGAUGUCGAAGAAGAUGUCAGGGAGGCAGUAUCAGCGGUCAUGAGACUAACGGCCUUGUCAUCGAUGACGACUUAUAUAACUUUGAUAAAGCUUUACUAUGACAAUCAUCUUCGUCUCAGCGCUCGAUUCAUUAACAAUGGACUCAAUAAUGUGUCAAGAGUCGAAACGAUGGCAGCCGUGGCAUCGUUGAAGACAUCAGAAUUUGAGGCUGCGGCUUCCGACAUAGCAAAAAUAUCAAGCUCCAUGUUUGAUCUCCUGUAA